AUGGCUACCGAGCGGAGGAACUUCUCCUCCCUCUCAUUCACAAAGAAGCACAGUGGCGAUACGUCCGGCACACACACGCCAACAUCGACGAAGUUGAAGAACUUCUUCCGCAUCAACAGCGGCGGAAGUCAAACAUCGAUCAAUGCUGACGGUCUGCCGACGCCGAAGACAGAGACCAAGCCGAAACAGUCCAGAUUUCUACCUGGGUUGAGCAGGAACCGCUCAACAACAGUCGCCAGCGAAGGUACUGCACUUGACGACACGGUAUCGCCAACGGCUCAUGCCAACCCGUACUUUGCUCACCAGGGUCCGCCAGCCCUCCGCCAUCACAAUGAGGGUAGUGUCCCACCAUCACCACCAGAUACGCCCAAAAUCCAUGUCAAUGGCACAAGUCCAACCAGUGAAAGGGCGAUCACAGCGGGCAAGGAGGAACUGGCCAGAAAGUUGCGCAGAGUUGCAUCCGCACCAAACGCACAAGGGAUGUUUGCAAAUUCACAAUCGAAAGCAACAGAUGAUCGGCCAGGGAGUGCACAGCUUGGCAAAGAGCCAGUCAUUGUCGAAAAUGGAGUACAGCCUAAGCUCAGUAUGGUGGGUCCCGAUCCGAUAAGUACGGCGAAGGAUGCUGGGCUAGCAAAAAUCCCGACUCCAGGCAGAUCAGACAUCCUAAGCAAGAAGGAAAUGAUCAAAAGGAACAAGAUCAAGCGAGCCUUGGCCGAGCAAGAGAUCUUGGCAACCAGCAAUCAUCCUUUUAUCGUUACUUUGUACCAUUCGUUCCAGUCAGAUGACCACCUGUAUCUGUGCAUGGAGUAUUGCAGCGGAGGCGAGUUCUUCCGCGCACUCCAGACGCGACCGAAUAAGUGUGUGGGCGAGGAGGAUGCUCGCUUUUAUGCAGCUGAAGUGACUGCUGCGCUGGAGUAUCUACAUCUCAUGGGCUUCAUCUACCGGGAUUUGAAGCCUGAGAAUAUCCUGUUGCAUCAGUCAGGCCAUAUAAUGUUAUCUGACUUCGAUCUGUCGAAACAGUCUGAUAUCGGUGGUGCACCUACCAUGAUUCUCGGUACUCGUAACGGCUCGAACGGGACCGGAUACCCUUUGGUCGACACGAAAUCAUGCAUUGCAGACUUCCGAACCAAUUCUUUCGUUGGCACCGAGGAGUACAUCGCUCCUGAGGUCAUCAAAGGUGAUGGGCACACGAGCGCGGUCGACUGGUGGACGCUCGGUAUUCUUAUCUACGAAAUGCUAUUUGGCACGACACCAUUCAAGGGCAAGAACCGGAACGCAACGUUCGCCAACAUUCUAAGAGAUGAUGUACCGUUUCCUGAUCACGCCGGGGCACCACAAGUCACAAAUUUAUGUAAAGGUGUUAUAAGAAAACUGCUCGUCAAAGACGAAGCGCGACGUUUGGGCUCAAGAGCAGGAGCGUCUGACGUCAAGAACCACGCCUUCUUCAAGCCGAUCACCUGGGCUUUGUUGAGACACAUGAAGCCACCGAUGGUACCACAUCAAGGCCGUGCGCUUGAUACAGUCAAUUUCCGAACGGUGAAGGACAGCGGCAGCGUCGAUAUUGGAGGGACCGCACCCGUGAGCAAGUUGAAAGGAGUGCCGCUAGACUCCGGAAUGCAAACACCUGGUGGUGAGAUUGCUGAUCCAUUCCUCGAGUUCAACAGUGUUACGCUACAUCACGACGACGAUGACCAUCACAACCAUCAUGGACGAUAA